GUAAUUUUCUUCUCAAUUCCCUGCCAGUAGUUUCACUACAUUUAAAUCCUUUUACUUGCGGGCAAAUGGAUACUUUGAGCACUUCAAGUGCAACACAGUCUGAUCGGUAUCGUGGCUCACGCACUGCCUUCCACGAUAGCUGGAAAACCUUUACUUAAGUUAUUUGAAUUUUAACUUGCCAAAAGCUAAGCAAAGCUGCAUAUUUGCAUUUUUUGCCUAAUCGAGUCGGUCAUGACUUCACACAUGUGUUAAGAUUCCAUCGUGCAAAUUGAACUAUAAGAAUUAAUAAUUCUUUUGGAAUCUACAUAUAUUCCAUUGUAAAAAUAGCUAAGCCUAGAAGAAAUAUAUAUAUCUUAUAAUAAGGUUAAAAUUAUGAGAAACUUAAAAGAUGAGGCUGUUUUGCUGAAUAUAUCAGAGAUGAUCGAUCUAGCUAUCGGGACUCCCGAGGUGGGCAUCGUGGACUUCAACAUGCUGCAGACUGUAUUGCACUGCCUCGCGCAGCAGAUGCGCGUGCUGGGCAAGCACGUCGAGCUGCGCGGCAGCGUGGCUGCCCUGCCGGUCAAGCCGGGGGAAACCGGACAGACUAUAGCGAUCAGCGAGUUCGUCAUCGAUACAGGGGCUACUACGCCCAUAGAAGUUGUCCCGUCAAAGAGUAAAGACAACUUCCUAGCUGAUAAGGAGACUAUGCUGGUCGUGGAAAGAAUACACUUGAAACAUCAAGGACCGGGAUCUUCGAGCCCGACUCACGAGGCUCAGAUUGGCGGCGGUGGAGGCGGCGGAUUUGGGGGCCCCACGGCACCUGGAGGCGGGGGUCCCGGAGGCGCACAGCAACGGGCCGGCUCACAGCCGGGGGCUGGUUCGCAAGUGGGGACCGGCACGCAGGCGGGGGGCGGCUCUCAGCCAGGCGGUGGCUCGUACCAGGGCGGUGGCCCGCACCAGGGCGGCGGCACACACCAGGGCGGUGGCGGCUAUCAAGGCGGCGGCGGCCAACAGGGCGGCGGCGGCCAACAGGGCGGCGGCGGCCAACAGGGCGGCGGCGGCCAACAGGGUGGCGGCGGCCCACAGGGCGGCGGCACGCACCACGGCGCGCCCAUGGGCCCAUCCGCCGUCACCUCUGCCAUUCUGCAACAGGCGCGCUCUGGAACCAAACCGAGCCACAUUCCGUCUUCUGAGAAGCUUUCCCUAGUCACUAUAAGCAAGUUCAACAUCCUAGAGGGUCAAGUAGAAGACCUCAAGAAUCGUGUCUACGGCAGCAUGCCCAAGAAUGAGGAAAUAUUACAGGAUGUCAGAUCCCAAAGUAACCUGCGGGCGAUCACUGACAUGUGGACGUCUCUAAACGUGUCCUCUCGCUUGGAAGCGGCCGAGGAAGGUAUCGGCAAGCUUAGCUCACUGAUACAAGACCUUAUCGGGGAGACAGUGGAAAUGCAAAAAGCUACGACUGGCCAUCCGUCUGCCUCGGCUUCUAAACUGGCCCAGGCAGCCAAGGAAGUGGUCCAGUCAACAAGUCGUCCAGGUAGUGCCGGGCCCCAGGGUCCUACAGGUGGAGGCGGCGGCCAAGUUGCGGGCGGGCAUGGCGGUCCUGGCGGACCUAUGGGACCUGGUGGACAGCAGGGUGGGGGUGGCCAACAGGGUGGGGGUGGCCAACAGGGUGGGGGUGGCAAGCAAGGCAUGGCAGGUCAACAGGGUUCGGGUGGCCAACAGGGUGCAGGUGGCCAACAGGGCGCUGUUGGCCAAAAGGGCGGUGGUGGCCAACAGGGCGGUGGCGGCCAACAGGGUGGUGGCGGCCAACAGGGCGCUGUCGGCCAACAAGGCGCUGGCGGCCAACAGGGCGGUGGCGGCCAGCAGGGUGCUGGAGGACAAGCAGGCCCUGGCGGCGGUCAAGGAGCUAAAGGUGGUGCAGGAGGUCAAGGCUUUGCCGGAAAUCAAGGGCAACAGGGUGCUCAAGGAGCCCCGGGCGCUCCAGGGGCGCCUGGCCAAGGCCCUGGCCAGUGGUCACAAGGAAUGGGUCCUGGUGGCGGUGGAGGUGCCGGACCGGACAGCGCUGUGGGCAUGGGUCCAGGCGGGGUCCAGACGGUGCAGGGCGGUUACAUGCCUGGUGGACAAUCGAUGGUUGUAAUGGGCCCUCAAGGCCAGCCAAUCAUGGUCCAGCAAGGGGCUGUGGGUGCUCCGGGCGCGCCGCAGGCCAUGGGCGCGAUGUACGGCAUACCACCGCAGGACAUAGUGACUAAAGAGGAGCUCAUGCAGGUGUGGGGGCAGCUGCAGCAGCUAAGGCAAGACCUGGCAGCCCUCGCCGAUUCCUAUUGCCAGUCUAUGAAAGAAGUUAAUGAUGCGUUCGAACCGCCUGCGGCUGUAUCAGCGGUGUUAAUCGGGUCCGGCGGUUACGGUGGGGGCGCGUCUGGACAAGCGGCGGGCACAGGGCAGGCUGGCGGGCAGGCUGGAGGGCAGGCUGGAGGGCAAGCAGCGGGACCCGGCGGAGCACCGGGUGGUGUCCAAGGCGGGCCUACGAUGGUUGGCCAGCCUAUGGCCGUUGGCCAGCCUAUGAUGGUUGGCCCGCCCAUGUACCAACCAUACGGUGGAACAGGAGGAGUCGCUGCUCCCUACGGCGGAGGCCAGCCGGGACAGAUACCAAACAAUCUACUGGAGAAACUCAACGAACUCGAGAAGAAACUAAACAAGUGCUGCGAGACCGUCUUCAAAUCUGAUGGCCUAGUCAACGAUCAGCUAAAUUCUUUCCAAGACCAACUUGAGUACUUGAAUAAACAAGUGCAGGGUAUGAAUUUCGCCGGUAGCAAGAUUUCUCCCGACAUCGUGAAGGACCUCCAAGGUUUAAUGGAUCUAUUCCAAACUGUGCAAGAAAUGCAGGAGCAGUUGGCACAAGUCCAUAAGACUGCCUUACAGCUGGCGGGCGAAAAACAGGAGAGACAGGGCCAUAUCGAUGCGCUCUUGGAACAAAUCGAACUGUUAAAAACAAUCAAACUCGAUCGAGAAGACAUGGUGGAAGCCCUGGCCGACAAAGCUGAUCUUCGCAUGUUGGCACGCAAAGUGUCACACGACCAGUUCGAGACGGCCUGCGACGAUCUCUCGAAAGGCUUAGAACAUGCCCUCGGGAAACUCAACGUACAGGAAGCCCUUUGGCAACAAGCCUUGGACGACAUUCAGCGCGAGAUCGAGACGAAACUGGACAAGAUGGAGCUGUCUCCGGUGAAGGACUUCUUCAACAACAAGCUGAAACAGCUGCAGGAGAACCUCAAACAGAUGGCGGCACUGCGGCGCGAGGCCGAGGCCGCCGGCACCAAGAGGAGAUUGCUCAGGGAUGUGAACUGCAUAUCGUGCGAUGCGAAGGCGAUAAUGUCGAUGGAUCCUGUUCCGCCGCUGCCGCCUAAACCUCUGCCUGCUACUUUGUCUAUGAAACCAUACCUCAGUUACGAAUUAGACGCCAUACGCAAGUCACAGGCCAGCAACCUGCCGCAACGAAACAUGCACGAUUGGGAACACAUCGACAAACAGAUGCAGCCUAAACAGCCCUACAGAGUCAGAUCGGACACAGACAAACACUUAUGCAACCGCUACUGCGGCGGGUCGCACACGGUGACCACUCCUGCGCAGCGCGUGGCGCGGCUCGGACACUUCAUCAAACAGUGGGGGCCCGAGGUGCUGCCGCUGUCUUCUGGGUUCGCGGCCGGUGACGAUGGCAGGUUAUACAAAGUUAGCAACGUGGAAGGUGCUAACGUGGGUCCAGGUGGUGCAGUAGAAGGCGCCGCGACGUGUACGCCGAAGUCUCCAGUGAAGAAGGCCGAAGCGCCGAAAGGCGGCCCGAAGCCAAUCAUCAUCAGUGCAGAAUGCAAAUGCUUGGAACCAUCAGAUCGAGCAGCAAAACUCUGAUCCUCAUUGCGUCAUAUUUGAAACGUUUUGCUCAUUUUAUUUUUUCAAAUUAUCUUUAUGAAUCGUGUAAU